CUCCCUCGCCACAGUUUUGAUUCGUUCUUCGUAGUGCGAAAAGGUUACUGCUAUUUUGUAGCAGAUACUGAAAAUCAAUUAGAGUUCUACAUUGAGAAAAGUGUGAAUACAUACACAAUCUUCCAGCUGUUUAUCAUUAUGUCCACAGAGCAGGAAAAUAUUUUCGUAUUCGUGCCAAAUCUGAUCGGCUAUGCCCGAAUCGUGCUGGCGAUCGUUUCGUUCUACUACAUGCCCACCAACUAUGUAGUUGCCGGGUGGUGCUACAUAGUCAGCGUGGUGCUGGACGCACUCGAUGGACAUGCUGCAAGGCACUUCAACCAAUCAACCAAAUUCGGUGCGAUGUUGGACCAACUGACCGAUCGCUGCGGUACUAUGGGCCUACUGGUGACUCUUAGCUACUUCUAUCCGGAUUAUAUGUUCUGGUUCCAGAUGUCCAUGGCGAUAGAUGUCUCUUGUCACUGGUUCUAUUUGCAUACGACAGUUUUGCAGGGCAAAACCUCGCAUAAGUUUAUCGACAUGUCUGGUAAUCCGAUAAUGCGCGUUUACUAUACGAACCGGAUCGUGUUGGGUUUGAUGUGUCUGUUUAAUGAGCUGUUUUACGCAGCUUUAUAUUUGCUCCAUUUUACUCCUGGACCAUUAAUCCUCGGCAUAUCAACAUUCAAACUGCUGGCAAUCAUAUCGGCCCCGGUGGCCAUCGUUAAGACGGCCAUUUCGGUCAUCCAUGGUUACGUUGCCAGCAGGAACAUCGGCGUAAUUGAUGUGGCCGAACGGGAAGCUCAGCGGCAGCGGGAAGCAGCCAAGAAGCCACAAUAAGCUGGAGCUUCUCCUUUGAGGGUCAAUUUCUAUCCGGUUUGAAGGUGAGCAAAUAUCGUCUUGAGUGUUUUUGUUCUGGAUCGGAGACAAACCGUGAACGGUAAAAUUAGGCGAAACGUAAGCUCAGAAAAGGACGAACGAAACAAAGGCAAAUUGGAAACUUAAUGUUUGAUAAUUCUCCAGAGACUAUCGAAGCUGGGUAGUAUCUGUAUUGUGUAUCUUUGUCAUUAGUAAAAAUCAAGUCUCCUCACGUAAUUAUCCGAUAGAAAAUGACGAUAAUCGUGCUGAUAUUUCAUAGAUUAAGAAGAUUUCACGAAGCAAGUCUUCUGUAGGGAAUAAGUUGUUUUCUAAAAAAAUUGACCUAUUCAAUGUUGACGAAAAUCCCAACAAGAAGGUAAAGUCUGUGUCAAAUCAUAUAUUUGAACUGAUCCUAUUACUAGAGUUGUUUUGAAGUAUCUUGACUAUAUCUUGGUGACUGUAUUUUAUAUUAAAAUGUGUACUGUAGCGGAUGUUUCUAAUUACAUCAAAAGCACGCAGCUUCAUCAUUCCACAGAGCACAUGAGUUGAUAGCUGGAACCAUUCAAAUGAAUUCGGGAAUGAUCGUCACUAGAAUAAUUUGAAACAAUCUUUCAACUUGUUGGCGAAAAAAUGUUAGUCAAAUUAUUGUAGCGAUUUAGCGAACUAUUAUUGUGAGUCAAAAGUGAGGAAAAUACUAUUUAUCAACACAACAAAAUUGUAGAAAUAAACAAUAGAUGUUGCACUAAUUUAUUUAUAUAUGUAAUUGUAUUUGUUUAGCAAUAAAGUUAGAAAUAUU